GGUCCGAAGCUGAAGAAAAAAAACAGACCGAAGAGAAAGACAGGGAAGAGAAAGCUGAAAGCGCCGACGAGUCGAGUCAGUCGACGACCAACGCCGCCCGCCAUCCAGCGCCAGGCUCCAUCCUUCCAUCACCGCACUGUCCCUACGCACGACGCCCUCACGCAUUCACGCCCUACCAGUUCGUGCUGACCAGCAGUCCACUGUCCACGCUAGGCCGCUACCCGCAGUAACCGGGUCCCCAUUUUUUCAGGACCUUCCCUGAAGAUAGUUAUUGGUCCUUGCAGUGAAGGAUAUCAUCGCAUUUGCUACUGAUUUGGUAGCGAGUAAACCAAAGGUGUUAGCGUAGAAAUGAGCAACUCAGCAGCUGGACCCUCUUCAAAAGCCAAAGUUGGAGCGUCUCAACCAUCAGAAGUUUCAUUUAAACGUAAACGUGGAAUGUUUCAGAAGGAGUUAGAGCGUAUGAUGUAUGGAUUUGGAGAUGCUCCAAAUCCACUUCCAGAGAGUGUAGCACUUGUAGAAGACAUUGUUGUGGAAUAUGUCACAGAUAUGGUACACAAAGCUCAAGAUCUUGCCUCCAAAAGAGGGAGGCGGUUGACAGAAGAUUUUCUGUUUUUAAUUCGAAAGGUAGAUCAUUUAAGGCUUUUGCUAUGCAAGUUACUUUUUAACUUUUAACAUUAGGUUAGUUCAUCUGGUGCAUUCUAUUUCUUAUAACCUUUUGAGUGUAUGUUGCCUAACUACCUAACUGAUUUAUUUGAAGUUUUUUCAAAUACAUGUUAUUAACCGGGUUAGUUUAAGUGUUUAACCCAUCUUGAUGUGGCAGUGUAAGUGAUUGAUGUAUCUUCAAUGUAAAAGAAGUACGGAGUAAUAGGCAGUUGAUUGAGUGGAGACAUGUGAGCUAUGGAUUACUGACAUAUGAGCUAUGAAGUAAUAGUGCUUUUUCCUGUGUAUUACUGUACUUAUUAGAGCUUUUAAAUAAAUUGGACACAUUUUGAAGUUUUAAGCGCAGUUAGCUCUUCCAGACCUAGCAAUAAUCACCGAACUUCAAUAUUAAUGUGUAAUAAACUUAAACUGGCUUUAACCUGUCGAACCAUUGAGCAAUAAUGGGACCAAAAAGUAACCUGAUACUAAAAUGGGGGAAUAAAGAACAGCAGUUUGCCCUUGUGGUUCCUUGUUUUCCCACUUCCCGUCUUCCCCUAUGUUUUAGUACAAUCAGUCAACGGGAGACUACACUUUUGUUCCAUAUUUCUGCAUUUAUUUAUAGAUUGAUUUGGAGAAUCAAACUAUAAAACUAAAAUUCAACACAAUUUGAGGGGUUUUGCCAUAUUAUGUUAUCAUUGUGCAGGACUUGCCAAAACUUAACCGAUGCACAGAGCUAUUGUCGAUGAAUGAAGAGAUCAAACAAGCCAGGAAGGCCUUUGAUGAUGAUGAUGAGAAGCUGGCCACACUUGAAUAAAUAUGUCCAUCUUCUCCUGAUAAUGUAACAUAUGUUUGUAUACUUCUAAUGGGAUCUGUAAUGUUCUGAAUCCCCACAUUCCAUCUCUGUGCUACUCAUUAGAAACAUACAUAAAAAUAUCGAUGCCCAAUGUAUACCGACUUCUUACUUGUUAGUAGACUUGUAGAGAUGUAAUGGUACCAUACUACCAUCACAUAAUCAGAAAAUUGGUACGGUCCUUUCCGAAUAUAUCAUAAAAUAAAUGUAGGAAAUCCU